CUCUCUCCAAAGAUCAUGAUGAAACUAGACUGACUACUCAGAGCAGUGGGAGAUGCCUGCUUGGCUUAGCUGGUGGACUGCCCCUCCCAGCAGAGACAGAUCGGUCAGGUGUGUACUCAGGCAGUGUAGGCACGCUUUGACGGCCACAUUCUGACCACUCUGGCCCUGUGUGGCCGUCAGAGCUUAACCGCUCUUGGUCACACGGCAACAGGACCAAUACAAAACACUCUGGUCACUGAGAAAGAGCAGCUGUGCUGUAACGUCAGGUCAAAAUCUUUACCUUUUUAAGUAUUUCCCACCAUGGACUUUGAGGCCUCACCUGGUGGAAUUUCCACACACACACAGAGUGACUGGCCUCCCUCACUGGCACAGCUAACACAGCUCCUGGAAAACAAAGUGAAAAUCUUCCAGAAGACUGUGUCCGCUGAAGAGCAGAGUUCUGAGCACAGGGAUUGCCUUGGGAGCCACAUUGCCCAGAGCCAAGAGCUCUCAUCUCAUCUCAGCGACCUACAGAGACGGACAGAGCAGGAAGUCGCCCGAAUACACCAGCAGCUGACAGAGGUGAGACACCAGCAGGACCUGCUGAACUCUGAGCUGAGAGACCUCGAGACCCAGCAGGCUGAGACUGAGGCCUUACUGCAGGGAACUCCGAGCACUGAGGACAGCACUGCGCUGGUGCGGGUGCACAGGGAGCUCCAGGAGAACGUUAGGAGGCGGGCGGAGCAGGCGGAGGCACUCAGGUUUCAGGAGGAGGGGCUGAACGCCCUGCAGCUGAUGCUGAGUGAGGACCUGCAGAGGUACCAGGAGGAGACUCAACGUCUGCAGGACUUCUCUGACAAAAUGUCCAAUGGGAUGGAGGCGGAGAAGGAGCGCACGCAGGAGAACAAUAAGGGAGCCAUCCGCAAGGAGGCUAAAGGAGGGUCGGGAAGCAGCAUGGAGCGCUUCAUCGGUCUCUUUAACGGGCGUUCUCCCGUAUCGCCGACGUCUCCUACGCCCUGGAAGCUCGUACACGCUAACGGGAAGACCGUCGCCAGAACUGAGGACCGAGCCGGGGCCGGGAAAAGAAACAGGACGGUCCCUCUGGUGGCGAGAUCCAACCUGAAAAGGGCGAGCAGCGUCAAAGAUCUGAUCCAGAAGUUCUCUGGUUCCGAGAGCGAGCAGGCGUCCCCGGCGAGGUCCGCCGCCUCGCCCCCGACCGAGCCUCCCGCUGCUCAGCGCGGAAGUGGGACGCGCGUGGAGGAGAGCGAUUUAAGCUCUGCAUUACCCGAAGUGCCCAAGAUAACGGUGGAUACAAGCGCCGUCUCUUUAAGUAGCGGGGACGGGGAAGAGACCGCUGGACAGGGCCCUUUACCCUCUACGAGGUUGACGCGGCCUGUAGAGGAAGCUCAAUCCCAAAAGGAACAGGCCUCUGUGCUUCCCCAGGCCCCAACAGACUGCACCUUCAAGAGCAUUUCUGAGAACAAGGGGGGGCUCCUCAAUGGAUCGGUGACUGUUAAUGGGGCAGGUUCGGAAUCAGGCUUUGAUGCCAGCAAGCAGCCAGAAAGUCCCUUUUUGGAGACGCCAUCAACCCCCAAACCCAGCCAGAACCCCAAAUAUCAGCUGUUCCUCAGCUCCGAUGUGAUGGCGAACGGUUCCCGGGAUACGGACGGACCGACGGGAGAGAACGGGUCCAGGACCUCCCGCUGGGAGAGCAACAGCUCCAGAUCUGGGACAAACUACCGCGGCUCCCUGGAGUCUCUGGCAUCGCGGGAUUGGGACACCAUGUCGGACCGGGUGGGUGGUUUUGACAGUCCACCCAGAGUGUUCAACAGUCCCUACACAAACUCAACCAUUGAUUUUAACCCCAGUCACAGAGUGUCAGAGUUUAAGGAUGUCCUUUCUCCAGCCACGUCUGAGAUCAACCUUUACUACAGCAGCAGGAGCAGCAGCCCGGUGCACACCCCCGGGGCCGGCGCCCCCCGCCAGCGCUUCUCCGCCUACGAUACCCUGCGAAGGCGUGAGGUCGCGCCCAAUGUUCAGGUCAUGCGGCCAGGUGUUCCCAACAGGCGGGACUUCAUUGAGGAGCUCACCAAGCAGCUGGAUGCCUGUCAGAAGAGGAACCAGUUCCUGGAGGCAGAGAGCGUUGAGAUGGAGAAGGAGAGAAACCAGAUCCGCUUCGAGAUGAGGAACCUGCUGGUGAACAACGAGGACCUGCUGCGCACCAACGCCCAGCUGCAGAUAGAGAUGAAGAGAACGAGGGAGACUAUGGUGGAGCUGCAGAGAGAGAUCCAGAUGAAGACCGACCACCUCAGACAGCUGGAGGCAGAGAUGAAAGAAGCCAGAGAGGUGAUGGUGGAAGCCAACACUCAGGAAUACGCCUUCAACUACCUGCAGCAGUCUCUACAGAUCAAAAUACGGGAUUCUGAGGAAGCUUUGGAGAAACAGACGGAGCAUAUUCAGAUGCUUUCCGAAAAGCUAUGGCUUGCAGAACGGGAGCUAGAGCAGCAGAGUAUAGACCAAGAGAUCCGAGACAAGAGAACAGCAGACCUGACCAGCACCGUGGCACGCCUGGAGUUAGAGCUAUCGGAGGCCAUACAGAUUUCCAACCAGGCGACAUCCGAGAUGAACCUGCAAGAGAAACUGAAGCAUGACUUGGUGUCCAGGGUUGAGGAGCUGGAGGAGACUCUGCUGGAGAAGAACGUGGAGGCUCAGAAGCUUCGGGAGACCGUCAACAGGCUGCAGGGAGAGGUCUCUGGAAAGCUGUUUGAUAAGGAGCGUACUCUGGAGGAGGAGAUCCAGCUGAGGGAGCGUGCGCAGCUUCAGUGCAAGCAGGCCGAGAGGACGCUGGAGGACCUCCGCAUGGAGAUGCAGACCAUGGGCCAGUCCAAAGACGACCUGGUGAAGCAGCUCAAACAAGCCCAGGAAAGGAUGAUCGACCUGGAGAGCGACCUGGAAGAAAUGCACGACAACGAGCAGAGGUGGGCGAGCAAGCACAAGAGGGCCAUUGAGCAGACUGAACAACUGCAGCUGAAGCUGUUACAGAUGAAAGACUUGACAGAGCAGCAGGACUGUGAGAAGGCUGUCCUGGAGAGACAGAUCCGAGACCUGCGUGUGGAGGUGCAGGAGCUCCAGAGCACCAGGGUCCAGGAAGAUGUCAUUACCAGGGCUGAGAACAAGGCCAAGGAGCUGGAGAACAGCCUCCGGACCGAGGAGAGGAAUAAAAUGGUGCUUUCAAACAACAUUGGGAAGCUUGAGAGGAAGAUCGGUGAGCUGACAGAGCAGAUGGAGGAGGAACACAGGCUUGCCAAUGAGCAGAAGGAACUGAUGGCCCAGCGGAUCCGCUCUCUGAAGCGGCAGCUGAAUGAGGUGGAGGAGGAGGCGAGCCGUAAGGAGACGCAGCACCGGCACACUGUGAGGGAGCUGGCCGAGGAGCGGGAGGCCAACGCCCGUCUGCAGAGACAGCUGCUGGACCAGCAUCUGAAGAUGAAGCGGAAUGAGACCCUGUCGGUGAGACAGACACUGGACAAUCUCCGACUGGACCUGAGUGAUGACGACGAGCCGGUGACAGUGGGCCAGACCAGCACUGUCUAAGGCAACCGAAUCAUGAGCGGUGGCAUCCGGAAACCAGACCCAUAUUCCACUGACCGGUGGCUUAGUACCAAUGCCAAACUACUGCAUGAGCAGCCAAUGAGCAUGUGCAAUAUGCUGGCCCAAGAUCUUCAAAUGCUAACACAUUACACAAAAAUUCUGAGUCUUUUGAGUGACCUAAGUUUUUAUCAGGUUAUAAAGUUUGGUAUGGAGGAGGUAGAGGGUAUGGGAAAAAAUGAUGUUAAUUUCCUGCCUGUCCAUGUAUUACUCUUUCUUGUUACACCACUGAAAUGGUUGUAUUUUCACAAGUAUUUAAGGGACAUAAUCAGGUUCAUUGAAGCCACUGGGGUUGGCUUUAUGAUUACUGAGAAAUAAGCUUAUUUUGUUUUUUGCAGACAUAUCUUAUCUUGUGCCCUGUAAUUGGAUGUAAUUGAAAAGGGAGAUAGAUAUUUUGGUAUUGUCAGUUAUACAGCUUUUUUUCUAUUGAACUUUACAGAUAAUGGAUAUUGUCUUUCUUAAACUGCCUCAGUCUGGGUAUCAUGUGGAUAUAAUGGUGUACAGUAGCUUUUUUUGAUGAUGUCAAAUUACAGAAAUAUUUCUAAAUAGGACUUAAAUGUAAAGCAUUGCAAAGGUGCAGUUCUGUGGUUUGGGACACCAUGGAUUUGACCUGGACAGAUCGACCACUGAGCUGGAAUUCUGGAGUACUGGAAGAAGGCCUCCGUUGGUCACAUAGAAACUUGCAGUAAAUGAAAAUGGACAAGAGACUAAAAAGUGGAAUUCUACCACACUGGUGGCGGCCUUUGGAACCACAUCUAUGCACUGUGGAACAGACCAAAGAGACAGUGAAGUGCAAACUCUGACACAGUACUUACAUAGUGCAGCAAUAUAUAUAAAUGCACUACAGGGAGAGGGUUAAAUCUGUCUUAUUUUUAUCUUAUUUUAAUGUCAUGAAACUCUCUGUAUGGUGAAUGAUGUUUUCUGAAGGCGACAGGGUGUUCCCCUGAAGAAGAACACAGAGUCCAAGGCCAUCGAUUGCAUGUUAAAUGAAUGUAUUUUCAGAGGGAAGAUUUGGUGAACAGUAAACUUGGAUGACACCUGAGCACCGCACCUUAUAAGAUCCUGAACAAGUUUAAGGCUGCAAAGUAUUUGAUCUGUGUUCAUCUACAGCUUCUUGUUUACAUCACUUUGAGCCUUGCUUAGUGUUCCUAUUAAUCAAGUUGAGCCUUUUACUCUUGGCUUACCAUAGCCUUUAAGAGAUUUACAUUUAACAUCAGAUGUAUACUAGUAACAUUAUGCCCCUGCAUUGUGAUGCAUUUGAUGGAAGGAAGUGGUGUAUUUAACGUAUUAAAUAAUUUCAAAGGAAUUUUCGAAGCUUGCGAACGAAGCUUUCUAACCUGACAAUUUACUUGUACAGGAUAACUUUCAAAUAAUUCUAACACUAUUUUUUGCUAUGUACCAUUGCAGCAGAUAUUUUGUAUCUAGCUGGGUAUGAUUGUGAUUUUGUAUUUGUAUAUGUUGAUUUAGAAUAUGUGGUCUUUCAGUUUGCUUUUCUGAGAGCCAUUCCCUUUAUUUGAACUUUAAUAUCCAUUGUGCAUUAAGUGUUGAAGACCAACGUGUAGGGCUACUAUUCAAUACCACAAAUAACCCAACUGUACAUUUAUGCAAAUAAUCAAAUGUAGAAAAAUAUCUGAUUUGGGAAACAGGUCAAACUGUCCUCUGGCGUGUAAAGCAGCAUUCAGUUUGUCAUUUAUAUUUAACAGAUGGGCCAGCAUUGGGAUCUCACUCCAGCCUUAUGGUCUACAAGGCAUAUCAAAACAUGCAAAUAAACAAACCAUUACCGCCUUUAUCAGACACUUGUAUUGUGGUGCUAAGGGAUAUUAAACAGCUGCAGUUAUAAUAA